UUCAUUUCGUCGUCACACUUGCGAUUCUUGAGAUAUUCAGGUGGCCUGUGACCAUAGAUUGGAAAUCACUGAUUUUACAACAUAUUUAUUUAAGAGAUACUGAUCCUUGAGAUGAUCAAUACGUUAAACAUUUUCUCUUUUUCCUAGCCCUUUCGGUUUUCGAGCAAGGAUGUUUUCGAUCACCUGGCAAUCAUUUGACUCAUUUAUCCACAGCUCAGUUCAGAAGCAUAAUAUUGAAAUGUGGUGUUGGGCAAACUUGUAGAAAAGUGUUUUUCCUACAAUUAUCGCCAAGGACGCGAUAUCCUAACUCUCAUAUAUACGGCGUGAGAGCGCUAGUACCACCUACUCAUACUAAACGAUCGAAAAAUCCGAUCGUUUAGUAUGAGUAGGUGGUACUAACACUUUUACGCAGUCAAUAUAAGAGUUAGAAUAUGGCGUCCUUGAUGAUAAUUGUAGGAAAAACAAUAAUCUACAAGUUUGUCGAACAUCACAUUUUAAUAUUAGGCUUCUGAACUGAGUUAUAGACAAAUGAGUCAAAUGAUUGCCAGAUGAUCGAAAACAUCCUUGUUUUUGAGAUAUUCACGUGGCCUGUGACCAUAGAUUGGAAACCACUGAUUUUUCAACAUAUUUAUAUCAGAGAUACUGAUCCUUGAGAUGAUAAAUCCGUUAAUCAUUUGCUCUUCUCCCUGGCACUUUCGGUUCUUGAGCUAUUCACGUGGCCCGUGAGCAUAGAUUGGGAACCACUGAUCUUUAAAAUUUAAUUACAUAGUGAUAAGUACAUAGUAUGUACUACAUACUCCCUGAAGUGCAGAAUGCGAAAAACCUUUCCACAUUAUCCUCACACCUAUGAUUCUUGAAACAUUCGCAUGGCCAAUGACCGCAGGUUGGGCAAAACUGCAAAAUUAUUGAUUGUAACUAAAUAACUUAACCUUUUCACAGGUUUGGAACUUUGUGAUUUCGAUCUUCACAAACUAAUUAUAAAAUAGAAAAAAACACUCGCACUACGCACUAAUUCCCAAAUUGCGCUCCCCCCAAGCUACGCUCCCCCAAUUUACGCUCCCCCCGUUUUGAGCGUAAAUUGGGAUUAUAGUGUAGUUUACCUAAAAAACGGAAUGUUUAUCACGGCCAUCUGUACAUCAUCGUGAAAUCUAUGCGCCAUCCAAUUUUGAUCGGCAUUGGGAAAACUGCGUGAAUACGCACGUACAUCCCAAGGUCAAGUUCAAUUGAUUUGAUUAGAUCGGCGAUCGUUUACAAUCUUAUAGAGGCAACCUGCUAUGGCAAGUCCACUCGCGCCGUGAUUUUGUCUGCCUGCGUGGUGCGAAGGCGGCGGCAGCGGUACUGCUCGCGUAAAGCCCGUUAUUAAUGGGCCGUGCUGACACUUUGAACUCCCUGUUUGCAAGGUAGGAAGCAAACGCAUGCUCGUCGUUUAGACUAUUUAAGGGUCGACUAUUGUCGCGUUCGUCGUGCCUCAAAACUCUCUAACAUGUCUGACUGUCUAUUUUGCAUUGAACCGAGUCGUCGUCCAGACGUUGUCAUCCCGAGGGAGAGGAUCAGUGCGAUCAGUUGCUGAAGAGAUUUCAAGUUAAGCUAAGCAUAAUUGAGUUUUGUUCGACGUUCGGCGACGCGGUAUAUUACUAUGCGUUUCCUAGUUGGCUUAGGGAGCUUACUGGUGCUUUCCAUCGGAGCGGAACCAAUGUGGUCAUUGGCCUCGUCUAGCGAUGUGAGGGCUCCAUUCGUGGUCAGCUUGGAGAAUGAGGGAGGACAGUUCUGCUCCGGAACAGUGGUGACGAAUAACUGGAUUCUCACGGCUGCCAGUUGUGUUUGGAACAAACGAGCAAAAACGGUAUCUAUCGGCAUUCAACCACUUGAAGCCGAAACAGGUGGCUAUCAUCGUAGGGCUCACAGAAUCUACGUCCACCCGGAUUACUCAGAGCAAUCGCCUGCUUCGAAUAUAGCACUGAUUAAACUCAAACGUCCGAUCGAGUGGAAUGGCAACAUUGUGGUGAUGAGACUUCUAAACAACAGCGUCGAUCUGCAGAAGAUGACCCGUUGCCCGAUGGUUGGUUGGGACAGGAAUCAAAUUACUCCCAAUCUUUUGAAGCCGGUUGACCUGCUGCCCAGUAACAAGUGCUCAGACAAACCAGCCCAAAGUCUCUGUUUUAAUAAGACCAACGACGAUCAGCUGUGUCAUUUCAACGAAGGCAGUCCCGUACUCUGUCUUCAUGAGGAGAAGUUUGUCCAAGUAGGAUUUUUGUCCAGCAGGAAGGGCUGCGACAGCGGGAAUUCUACCAUUGGGAUCCGUAGUGUGGUGUACUUCAACGAGUGGAUUUUGGAAGUAAUUCAGCAUAAGAAUCUAGUGAUGGAUUUGAAAAAUGAAAUCGGAUACCUUAGGAGGCUUUCGAGAUUCAAUUGGCUGAUAUUGGCCGUUUUGGUUUUUGUGGCAAGUGUAGUGAUGAUCAUACAGGUUCUUAGAGCGAUGUUUCGACUGGUAUGAAUACUUUUGUGUGCAGAAUGGAAAUUGUUUCAAAUUAAUCAAUAAACUACAUUACUGAGGAAAUAGUUGAACUUUAUUUUCGAAAUAUUUGAUAGUGGGGUAAAAAAUGUGACAAUAUUUUUUGAGAGAAAUUCAUUCAAUCUAUUACUUAUUUUGAUUUUGGAUUGUUGUACAUUGCCGAAACAUUUGGAUGAAUUCUGAACGGUCGUUCUAGAGGUUUUAGACUGCAAAGCCAAGCUCUCACCAAUCGUUAUUACCACAACAGUCAAACUCUCGAACACCCAAAAGUUGUUGGGUAUAUCAAGGUUUUACAGAUGCUGAGUAAUUAAUAACUCAGAAAAAUAAUGUUGCAAUAAGGAGCAAAAUAUUACAAUCUGGACAUGAUUAUAAACAGAAGAUGAAUAAUAUCCAAUCUUCGAAAUAUGCAGUAAAUACGCUAUCGUUUGUUCCUUUGAAAACCUUCAAUGCCGUGAUCUGGCAAAGGGAGUUUUCCUACGUAAUCUCCUUGAUUAUUUUCAUAUCGGGCUUGGUGAUCUAGUGGCUACCGCUACUGAUUCGUAUGCAGAAGGUCAUGGAUUCAAUCCCUGGCCCGUCCCUUUCAUCCUACUCUCUCUCCUGGCCCGUCCCUUUACUCUCUCUCUCACUUCUCUACAUAUACAACUCAUGUAUAUUCAUAUGUUCAUAGCCAACGCUAGAACCAGGAACGAAUUGCAAAAAAAAAACCGUUUCCCUUCCUUCACAGCACAGUGUAUAUAAUAACGCUUACAAGUAAUGCAACCAUAGCGAACUGUGCCGCUUGACCUUCACUCACACCACACAAUCUAUCACCUUAUGAACACUAUAAAUAUCCCCUAUCCAUGGAUCGCAUCACCGACCCAACGGUGACUCCCAGAUCUUCCAUUCUUUCCGUCUAACAAAUACCCCAGUCCGUGAUGGUUGUGGGGAUGCAGAGGUGCUCUCGGUCUUUAGUAGUAACAACCAGCACACUCUACUAACAUUCCUUUCCCUUCCCAACUGAUUAUAAGGACGUGGCCGGCGCCGUUAUUGAUCAAAAAUGUUUGAGCUGCCUAAAUUGCACUUUGAGAAUAAGUGGAGUGUCCCAGCCCUUAUUCAUUUGGAUCCCAGUGCAAUAGAGCUUGCUGACGUUUAU